AUGUCCAAAGGGGGAAAUCAAGCGUCCCCAACAACCUUUCCCUCCUCCCUCCCCUCGCCGCCAUCACCCUCCGCCACAAACCUCCGCCAAAAAAAAUGUUCCGCCCACACCUUCUCCAUCUUCUCAAUCGGAAUCCCCUUCGUCUCCGGCAGCAAAAAGUACACGAACACCGCCAUCACAAACACCCACGCCGCGAAGAAAAAGAAAAUCCCCGAUUUCAGGCGGCAGAGCAUCGCCAGAAACGCCUGCGCUAUCAAGAACGUCAUCGUCAGAUUCACCGCCACCACCACACUCUGCGCCGCCGACCUUAUCUCCAGCGGGAAAAUCUCGCUCGUCACAACCCACCCCAGCGGGCCCCACGAAAGCCCGAACCCGGACAUAAAAACGCAUAUCAACACUAGCACCGCCGCCGCCCAUCCCCUGUCCAUCCCGCCGUGGUCCCCCAGCUUCGCCGCCAUUAUCCCCCCCACAAGCAGCAUCGACGCCAGCAUCUGCGUCCCUCCGAAGUGGAACAGCGGCCGCCGCCCGACCUUAUCCACGAGCACCACGGUUAUGAUGGUGAACGUCGACGCCACCACUCCGGUCACCGUCGCCGCCAGCAGCGACGCGUUUUCCUUGGCGCCGAUUAAUCGGGGCGUAGAAGGCGAUGAUGUUAAUCCCUGUAAUCUGCUGGAAAAACGGGACGAGGAUGGACAUCACCAGCUGGGGACGGUAGCGCCGCCGCAUCAGGUUGCGGAAUGGGUGUUUUACGGCUUUCGAGGCGCGGCUGGCGGCGACGAGGUCGGCGAGUUCGUCGUGUACGUCGUCUGUGCCGCGGAUCUUGCGGAGGACUGCACGGGCCCGGGCCGGGUUGUCUGGGUUGUUCUGGACGAGGCUGUUGGGGGUUUCCGGGAGGAAGAGGGCGCCGAUGGCGAGGAUGGCGGCGGGGACGCCGGCCAUGGCGAUGGAUAUCCGCCAGCCCCAGCCGCCGGCUAUGCGGACGGUGCCGUAAUUGAUGAGUGUUGCGGAGUUGUAGCCGAUGCUGACGCAGAUUUGGAAGGCGACGUUGAAGGCGCCUCUGUAUCGGGAAGGGGCCAUCUCCGAUAG